ACUUAAUAUUCCAAUUUAAAAGUAUCAAGCAACAAUAAAAUCAUAUUUGACAUGAUAUUGAAAAUUUUCAUUAUGGUGCUUUGCCUUACUUACUAUCUAUGUACUUAUGAUUUUCGAGAGCCUGCGGAACGAGCUGAUCCAUUUGCUGCAUCUUUAUGUGAUAAUAGUAUGAUGUUUGCUGUAAACCGGAAAGAGUUGAGACAUCAAGAAGAACUAAUAAUCGACCAUACUAAAUAGCAUAAAUUUUGAAUGAAACAAAUUGUCAAAGAUUUAGAAAGAAGAAUGAACAAGGUAUUCAUUUGUCAAAGAAAGAAGCAACAGAAGUUCUUAAUAAGUUGAAAUAAAAUUUUAUUAAUUUAACUUUAAAUUCUUUAAUUUUAUACGCAAUAAUCUUCAAUAAUCUUUC